AUGCGGCGGAAGCUGAGGUCCAAGUUGCGCAGUAGAGCGUCUCCUACCUCAUCAAUAGCCUCUUUACAAACUUCGUUAUCCCCCGCAGACACAUUACGAUCGCUGCAAAGCCACCGAUGGACGGUCUACGACUUCCAAUAUCUGCUUUUGCUGAUUGUUGGCAUUUUCUCCUUGACCGUCAUCGAAUCGCCCGGGCCUCUGGGCAAAACGGCCAUCUUCUCUAUGCUCCUGUUCUCCCUCCUGAUCCCUAUGACCCGCCAGUUCUUCCUCCCGUUUUUGCCGAUUGCCGGAUGGCUUCUGUUUUUCUACGCCUGCCAAUUCAUUCCAAGCGAUUGGCGCCCUGCUAUUUGGGUCCGUGUAUUACCUGCACUGGAGAAUAUCCUUUACGGCGCAAACAUCAGCAAUAUUCUAUCUGCUCACCAGAACGUUGUGCUUGACGUGCUGGCGUGGCUGCCUUACGGAAUCUGCCACUAUGGUGCUCCGUUUGUCUGCUCGUUAAUCAUGUUCAUCUUUGGCCCACCCGGCACCGUUCCUCUCUUCGCGCGCACUUUUGGCUACAUCAGCAUGGCUGCAGUCACCAUUCAGCUGUUCUUCCCCUGCUCUCCACCUUGGUACGAGAACCGGUAUGGCCUAGCCCCAGCGGACUACUCAAUUCAAGGUGACCCUGCAGGGCUUGCUCGCAUUGACAAGCUGUUCGGUAUCGACCUCUACACGUCCGGCUUUCAUCAGUCCCCGGUCGUGUUUGGCGCGUUCCCAUCGCUGCAUGCUGCAGAUUCAACGCUGGCCGCACUGUUCAUGAGCCAUGUUUUCCCCCGCAUGAAGCCUGUCUUCGUCACCUACACUCUAUGGAUGUGGUGGGCAACCAUGUACCUCUCGCAUCACUAUGCGGUUGAUCUGGUUGCGGGUGGUCUAUUAGCUGCCAUUUCUUUCUACUUCGCUAAAACUCGAUUCCUCCCUCGUGUCCAACUUGACAAGACUUUCCGCUGGGACUACGACUACGUUGAGUUUGGUGAAUCCACACUGGAGUAUGGAUACGGCCUGGCAGCCUACGAUGGAGACUUCAACCUCGACAGCGAUGAAUGGACCGUUGGUUCUUCAUCCUCCGUCUCCUCGGGCUCGUUGAGUCCUGUUGACGACCACUACUCAUGGGAAACCGAGGCACUGACCUCCCCUCACACCGACAUUGAGGCCGGCAGGCAUGCUUUCAGCCCUUGA